GCGCCGCCGUGGCCGCAGCGGCCGCCAGCUCCGCCGGGCCCGCCUCUGGUGGUCGCCAGGCUGCCGAGGCCUCGAGCGAGUUCGUCGGCACGCUGGUCUCGGCCAACACUUCCUCCUUCGGCCCGAUGUUCGACUACGUGGCGGAGGUGUCGCACGAUGUGCGGGUAAUUGCCGUGCAGGAGCACCGCAUUCCUCAGGCCAGGCUGGGCGAGAUGCAGAAUCGUCUGGCGGAUCUGGGCUGGCAUGGGGUUUGGACGGCUGGCUUGGAGACGGCAGCGCAGAGCACAAGCAGCGGCGCCGCGGUGUUGUUCCCGUCUUUCGUGCCCCUCACCACGGCCCCUGGCCUGGCCGACGGGACCCUCGUCCCUGGCCGUGCAGCCGCAGCUCGGGUUCACUGGGGCAUCCCGCAGGGCCUGGUCUGCAUCAGUCUUUACUGUGUGGACUCCGUGGGCUUCGCGGGGCCCAACUUGGAUGUGCUGUGGAGAGUUUUCGAGUACUGUUGCCAGCUCAACGCCCAGGGCGAGGACUUCGUCAUCAUGGGCGACUGGAAUAUGGCCUCCGAUGUGGAGGGGCUCCGCGAGGCGCUGUUGUCGGUUCGUGCCAUUCCCUUCGCCCCCGGGGACGUGACUUGCGUUCAGGGGGAGGGCUCCAUCAUCGACUUCAUGGCAGCGUCGUCGAACCUGGUCUCCAGGCUUGACAGCCAGGUGACAGCACAGCUCGACUCUGACUUGUACCCGCACCGCCCUGUGCACCUGCGGAUGCGGGGCUGCGAUCGCCCAGCCUGGUGCAGGGUGGCCGACGAGCCCAGGCCGCUCUCGGCGCUGCCCCCUCCUGGGUGUGCCAGGCCGCCUUACGACUGGGGCCCGCUGGCGGCGGAUGCCCAGGUGGUCACGGAGUCCGACGGGCUGGUCCAGCUCUGGGACGCCGUGCUGCACGGGAUCGACGCCGAGCUCUGCGCGCGCUGGGACAAGGUCGGGGCACAGGCCAAGGCGCACUCGGGCCGAGCGGGGCCCCUCCAGGAGCAGCCCGGCGGCCUGAACUUGGCGGCGGCCAUGUGUGACCUGAUGCCCUGCCAGUGCUUUGGCGUCAUGCGGGAAUUGGAGGAGGCCCACCGCUACUUGGUGAAGGUCUCGAGGCAGCGGGCGGUCCUGGCCGCCAUCGACCCGACGGUGGCCAAGUACUUGCAGAGGGGCCUCAUGUUGCUGGUCUCGCCGCACUUCGACUACUGCGUCGACCUGGUGGUGCGCGUGGCGGACCAGAAACUAAGCGACGCCCAGGCCGCUUCGGAGGCGGCGUGGCGCGGCUGGCUGCAAGAGGCCUUCCUUCGGGGGGCGCGGGGGGCCCACCGUGCUUCCAAGAUCGUCCCCAUGCAGCCCCUGCUGCAGCUGGAGGGCGAGGUGCAGCCGUAUGUGGUGGCCGACGCGGCGCUCCAGGAGUGGGAGGACGUCUGGUCCCACCACGGCGCGGCGUGGCUGCCCAAGCCUGCUGACUUCGACCAGUGGGAGCUGCUGCCGCCGAUCACCGUCCAGGACAUGCGGGCGGCGAUUUGGAGCUACCCGGCCACCACCGCCCGGGGGCCUACUCGCCUGGCGCCCAAGUCUUUCUACUUUGUGUCGGACGAGGGGCUGCGGGCGAUCGCGAGGCUCCUGGAAGCCUGCGAGCGGUUGGGCAUGUGGCCCGACGGGCGCGUGGAGUCGGAGCUCGUGCAGAUGAGCAAGGCGGACGGGGGCAAGCGCCUCAUUGCCUUACUCCACACCCUGACGCGCUUGCGGGGGAAGCUGCGCCGUCCCCUGGGGAAGCGGUGGGAGGAGACCCAUGCUGCCCCCUGGGUCUGGGGCAAUCGCUCCCGCUUCACAUCCAGCGACUCGGCAUUCGACCUGUUGGACGAGCAAAGCGGCACCUGGGUCAGUGACAUGGCCAACUGCUUCGAAUUGGUGGACAGCAGCCAGCUUCUUUUGGAGGCCCGGGAAUGCAAUUUUCCCUUGCGGCUCGUGUGGAUGAUGAUUGACCUCUACCACCAGCCUCGUAGGGUCCGGGUGGGGCCCAGCCUGUCGCUGGCCAUGCUGGUCUUCCAGGGCGCGCUGGCGGGGUGCACUCACGCUCCCACGGCGCCCCUGGUCCUGACCCACCGCACGACGGCGAGGCGCAGCGAGAUGUGCCCCAACGUGCGGCCCAGGCAGCUGAUGGACGACAUCACCCUGCACUACGUGGGGCCCCGCGAGGCAGAGGCCAGCCAGCUCGAGGUCGCCGCCGUCGAGCUGACGCGUUGCGUGCAAGGCCUCGGCAUGCGGGUCAAGCGGGCCAAGUCUGGCUUUGUUUUCAACCGCGCGUGCUUUGCGCACCGCUUCCGCGCGCGGGCCGUGCAGAUCGGCCU